UGUAAAAUCGUCAGUGAGUGGAACUAUGGACAACCAGAGAGUAUGUGCCUUGCUGUGAACAAACAUAUGACUCAGUCAAGGAUGAAGUUCAAGAAUGAAAAUGCUGGUAUAGAACUGCUUCUUGCUCACAUGAACAUUGAAGACUUCAUUCAAGAGGCAGAUCAUUUUUAUUGUGUUUGCAAGGAAGUUGAAUCAGAGGUGUCAUUUGAAGAAAGUUUCUCUGAAGACGACAUGGAUGAGAAUGAGCAGACAUCUGAGACGGUGGCAUCACAUGAUUUGAUCUCACGGAUGAAAAAUCACGGAAAGGUCCGUUAUGGGACACCGUCUGAACUACUGGACUUUGUGAAUAUGGUCUCAAAUGCACCAUCCUCCUCUCUCUCAGAGGUGCGUAAAGAAAUGGGUGUCCUGCUGAACAAGACAGACAUGAUCAUUAAGGAGGGGCAUUAUCGUAUUGACUUGGACGUACUUCUGUUUCCAUGGAAACUGACCUAUAAGCCCCCCGGCCCUGGACAUGUUCCCAAAGGCUCAUUUGGGAAGGUCCAUCUGGCCCAGGACAUUAAAACUCGAAAGCGAAUGGCAUGCAAACUGAUUGCUUUAGAGCAUUUCAAGCCUGCAGAUGUGGAAAUCCAAGCCCAGUUCCGGCAUGAGAAUAUAGCAGAGCUCUAUGGGGCACUGCUGUGGAAGAAAACUGUGCACUUGUUCAUGGAAGCAGGGGAAGGUGGCUCGGUUCUGGAGAAGCUGGAGAGCUGCGGCCCAAUGAGAGAGUUUGAGAUCAUCUGGGUCACUCAGCAAGUUCUACGCGGCUUGGAAUUCUUGCAUUCUCGCAACAUCAUACACCAUGACAUCAAACCUAGUAAUAUUGUGCUGAUGUCUGCCAAAGCUGUGCUGGUGGACUUUGGGCUUACAGUUCAGAUGAAGGAUGACAUAUAUGUUCCCAGGGACCUGCGUGGCACAGAGAUGUACAUGAGUCCAGAGUUGGUUCUGUGUCGAGGCCACAACACAAAGACUGACAUCUACAGUCUGGGAACCACAAUCAUACACAUGCUGAGUGGCAGCCCUCCGUGGGUUAGGAGGUACCCCCGAACAGCCUACCCCUCAUACCUCUAUAUAAUCCAUAAACUGGCCCCUCCUCUAGAAGACAUUCCAGAAAGCUGUAGCCCUGCAAUGCGCAGGCUCCUGGAGCAUGCACUUGACAGGGUACCAGCACGGAGGAGCUCUGCCAAAGAAUUACUCAACGAGGAGGCCCUCCAUCCAUCUCGGGACGAUCAGCCACGUUGUUGGAGUCUGGACUCUGCGCUGGAGGAUGGCACACACCCACUUUUGCGACAGCUGAGUCAGCUUUCAGACAGCACCCAAGACUCUUCCCUGUACAUGGAGGACUCUGGACAUUGUAAAAAGAAAGGAUCCCUCUAUAUUGAUCUGGGUGCCCUGGCUGGUUACUACAGUAUGGUGAGGGGGCCACCAACCAGUGAAUAUGGCUAGUUCAGAUCUGAUAAACCUUCAUACAAGGACCAGUGGGGUAUUUUGUAUAGUUUACGUUCAUAUAAACCGUACCAAACUCAAUAGAUGGAUCAGAUCAGUGGAUCAAGUCUGGAUCAUUGGUGGCACUGUGGGACAAUGAGUUGUGCAAUUAGAGCUGGUCAUCAACUGUUUGUGAGGUGAUAUCUUGUUUACACAGUUAGAUUUCUGUGCUUUGGGAACAUGAAAAUAAAAUUACAGCAUAUUGUUUAGUAAAUACAAACUAAAACAAAAUAUGUAGUUUAAUUGUUUUUAAGACCUAACUUAAAUUGUAAAUCACUGUAGCAGUGCUAUAAGUGAAUGCUUUAUGUUUUCCAUAUUUUAUAUCAUUUACUUAUAUGGGCAGGCCUUAGUGAGAGUAAACCUGUGAUUUAAAAUAUGCCAAAAUGUUCAUGCAAAAACAUAUAAUACUAAAUUAUUGCAGCAAAUAGCUGAAUUUGUUUUUUUUUUUAACAUAGCAGUGCUAUGUUAAAUACUGUAUAUGUGUCUAAUCCAAUGAAGUACAAUGACAGAUGUAUCUAAACGGGAAUGCUUUCUGACCUACAUUUGUAGGGUUAGUGUGUAUGUGUGUGUGUGUGGGUGGGUGGUAUACGAGGAUAUUUUUUUAGGUUACAAACUGGUAUUUACAAGGGUAUUUUGCUAUAAAUGUGGUUUAUGAGGACUUUUUUUGUGUCCUCAUAAUUAAAAUCGCUUAAAAACUUACUAAACGAUGUUUGUUUGAAAAUGUAAAAAUAGUUUGUACAGUAUAAAAAUAAUUCUGUCUAUGGAGAGUCCUCUUGAGGAUAGCCGCACCAAUAUUGUGUGUGAAAUAUUAAUCAUAAUAUUUGCAAGUAUAUCAAUCUAAAUCUUGGCUGUCACAUACUGUAUGUGAUUAAAUGUUUUUGUGUCAUUUUUGAAUGUGUUACGAUUUAAAGCCUGAGUAAUUUGAAUAUUGUAAGGUUAGCUGACUCAGAUUCCAUGUUAGUAUGUGAGUUUAGCUACUCAUUUUAGAAAAGUUUCACUGUAAUGUAUGUGUUGCAAUCUCAGUGUGAGUGCCUUGGGUCUUUAAAUAUCUUUAUUUGAGAUACCUGGUCAACACAACAACCCUUGUCAAGAUUAGAGAUGCCAAAAAGCACACUACAGCAAAGACUUUAAAGGGUUCAAAUUAAACUCUUUUUCAGAUGGUACUGAAAAAAACACCUCAGGUUUUUAUUCCCAUGGAAUGUGGUAAUUGCAAUGCAAACAUGCACUUAAUUUAAUAGAUGCUCCAGAUUAACACAAUGGUCUUGCAGGUAAAAAGUCUACCUUUAUCAAGCAUUUAAAUUAAGGAUUUUUUAAAUUUUUUUUAUUAAUAUUUAACUUCUUGUGUACACAUAUUAUACACACAUUCUUGUGUGUAUCAAGUUGGCAAGUGUUUCUCUGUACUGCAGUUUUCAUGCCUAUAUACAGUGCAUCUAUUCACAGCGCUUCACUUUUUCCACAUUUUGUUAUGUUACAGCCUUAUUUAAGAAUUUAUUAAAUUCAUUAUUUUCCUCAAUUCUACAAACAAUGCCCCAUAAUGACAAUGUGAAAGAAGUUUGUUUGAAAUCAUUGCAAAUGUAUUAAAAAUAAAUCACAUGUACAUAAGUAUUUACAGCCUUUGCUCAAUACUUUGUUGAAGCACCUUUGACACCAAUUACAGCCUCAAGUCUUUUUGUGUAUUAUGCUACAAGCUUGGGACACCUAUUUUUGGUCAGUUUCUCCCAUUCUUCUUUGCAGGACCUCUCAAGCUCCAUCAGGAUGGAUGGGGAGCAUCGGUGUACAGCCAUUUUCAGAUCUCUUCAGAGAUGUUCAAUCGGGUUCAAGUCUGGGCUCUGACUUCCAUCUGGCCACUCUACCAUACAGGCCUGAAUGGUGGAGUGCUGCAGAGAUGGUUGUUCUUCUGGAAGGUUCUCCUCUCUCCACAGAGAAAUGCUGGAGCUCUGUCUGAGUGACCAUUGGGUUCUUGGUCACAUCCCUGACUAAGGCCCUUCUCCACAGAUCGCUCAGUUCGGCUGGGCGGCCAGCUCUAGGAAGAGUCCUGGUGCUUUCAAACGUCUUCCUCCACAGAUGAUGGAGGCCACUGUGCUCAUUAGGACCUUCAAUGCUGCAGAAAUUUUUCUGUACCCUUCCCCAGAUCUGUGCCUCGAUACAAUCCUGUCUCGGAGGUCUACAGACAAUUCCUUGGACUUCAUGGCUUGGUUUGUGCUCUGACAUGCACUGUUAACUGUGGGACCUUAUAUAGACAGUUGUGUGCCUUUCCAAAUCAUGUCCAAUCAACUGAAUUUACCACAGGUGGACUCCAAUCAAUUUGUAGAAACAUUUUUGAGUAUCAUGGCAAAGGCUGUGAAUACUUAUGUACAUGUGAUUUUUUUUUUCAAACAAAAAGAUUUCAAACAAACUUCUUUCACAUUGUCAUUAUGGGGUAUUGUUUGUAGAAUUUUGAGGAAAAUAAUAAAUUUAAUCAAUUUUGGAAUAAAGCAGUAACAACAAAAUUUGGAAAAAGUGAAGCACUGUGAAUACUUUCUGGAUGCACUGCAUCUAUAUGAAAGAACUUGUUGUAAUCUGUGUAAAUUUGAACCUUUUAUUAAUUUGAUAACUUGGAAAAAUAUGUUAUGUCGUUAUGCUGUCAAUUGAGCUUUUAUGAUUCUUUUGUCAAAUGUUACAAUAUGCAUUUAAAAGUUAUCAUUCCAGAUAAACAAGGUAAAAUGACAUUAUGGCUGGUUUAAGCAACAAACAUUUCUUCAGAAAAGUCAGUCAUUCUGGAAAGACCAUAAAAAGCACCUGUAAAAACAGAUAGUAUCACCAAAGACCAAGGUUGCUAUCUGUUUGUUCUUGGGGAAAGUUAUAAAAUAAAUGGAAUAAAAAUGAUGAUUAAUGUAUGAUUCAUCACUGUACUCUGAAAAGCAUUACACAAAUUAUUUUGGGAAAAUCUGAUAUCUUUUCUGCUUAUCAAUCUACAGUAAGCUGUGAAGUGAGGCCCAGCAGUUGUAAAAUAAAAUUCUUAUCGCUGAUAAGGAUUAAAAAGGGACGUGUCAUUUAGUGGGCAGGUUCAAACACUUUUUAGGGGAUACAUUUUGUAUUCACUAAAGGUUAAAUCAUCUAAGUUGACAUACAGAAUGUAAAUUAUUUUCCCACAGUACUGAUCUCUUUGUAAGAACUGUCAUCUAAUUUAACUAGGUUUGUAAUUUGUAUUCCAAUGACAAUGUUUCCUGUUAGCUCUCCCGUGAUCGAAAUGCAGAAGUACAACACAAAACCAAUAAGGAAGUAGACAUAUAUAGCUGACAAAUAUGGAUGGAUGCAUUCAAUGUCAUGUAUUUGAACUGAGAACUUGGCAGUGUGAUACUGCAGAUACUGUUGACUUUAGUUUGACAGAUUGCUUGAUAUUUUCCUCAUUUUUAAGUCGCUUUGGAUAAAAGCAUCUGCUAAGUGACUAAAUGUAAAUGUAUAUUUUCAUAUUUGCAAAUAUGGUAUGU